AUGGCCACCAAUGGCCUCAAUCUGACAUACGCCUGCCACUGUCUCAACGUGCGCAUCACGCACCAGCCUACCCCCGAUAAUCUACCCCCGGCCGACCAGGACUUCGUGUCUGUUCACUGCGGGGAUAAUGGCAUAGCUAUUAACCAUGUGCAGGCCACACUCAGGAGUCGCAGUAGUACGGUGCCCGAGGCGGAUGCCCAGGGACCGCGGAGCACCCGAUUCAUCUCUCUAACAUGCCUCGUAUGCCAGAGCUUGGUGUACCGAGUCAAACAGGUCCUUUACGCCAUUGCCGACGGUGGCGAAGGGCCUAUACUACCUAGUGAUGACUGGGCGGAGCAGGAUUUGUUGAUGAGUGCGAGUGGCUGGGUGGAGGUCUCCAAGAACUGUCUGGUAUGUGGUCUUCCGCCGCCCGCUGCGUCUAGCGUAGCUCAUGAGCCUCCUGAUGUCUCGAGACACCAAGAGACCGGGGAUGCAAUAGCACAGGCGGGAACCUCGGCGUCCUUCUCCAAAGUCUUUGGCAUUGUCGUCCCGUCCGGAGAUCCGAAAUGGUCAUUUCCCACCUCUUCCUCCGUGUCACCACCCUCGAGCACGUCCGAAGGUCCGUGGAGACAUCUUCCUCCAUUACCACCUCUGUUCGCACCUCCACCCUUCACGCCAAGUCACCCAGCAUUCCAAUAUCUCAGGUCGCUCGCCGCGAGCGAAUCAGACCGAGCACGAGAGGCGGCCGAAGCGUACCUGGUCAAGACUGCCCAGGAAAAGGCAGCGGAGUUGCAAGCUCUUGAGGCCGAGCUCAGACGGGAGGUAGAGGUACUGUGGAGCCGCUUCAAAGAAGGUAUAGAUAAGCUGCAGCAAGAGACCACCGCUGGUCGCCCCAUGUCGUCUAUGACCAGGAGACGGUCUAGUGUUCAGAAGGCAGCUGGUGCUAUCCAUGGGAAUGGGGCUACCGACGAUCCUUCGGCCUCUGUACGAAUCAAUGACUUCGUCCCAGCCCAGAGUGUCCCCGCGCGGAUGACAUCCCCUACUUCAGCCCGUCAGGUGACAUCAGCUCUCUCUGCAUCAAUGGCUACAUCUUCCUUCCACUUUCCGGGAGAUCGAAGUAGCGUUACACGUAAUGAAGGCGAUUCAUCGAGAUCCUCGCCCUCCAGUCCUGCGCCAUCCUCUCCGGGACGCUCCAGCACGACUCGUGUAGUAUCUCCUUCCACCGCAUCUUCUCGCACUGUAACAAUGGCCGCCUUCGACGCAGAGGCAAGCAUCCGCGAUGCGCACAGGCGAAACAUGGACGAGUCGAAGGACAUUGCCACGAGCUACAGAUACGUGCUCAAUCUGGAAGCUCAGAUGGCGGAACAUCAGCGGGCCUCGUCGAGCACUCAGGAUGCGGGUCCGUCCAGCGCAGGUACAGUCGAUAUCGUUUCUCCUGCAGCUGCACCUCGCGGGCGGUCCCCUCGCGGCACCAAGAGUUCGAUCAAGAAGGGAAAGGAGAAGGAGAACGCACGGCCUGUCACACCGACGAAGGAGCAGGAGCCUGAAGCCGCAGAGAAGACUGGUGCACCUGCCAAGGAGACAACUCCUAAGGGCAAACGAAAGGUCACUUUUGACGUCAAACCUGACAUCGCCAUCAUCGACGACGAGACCGCAGGCAACGAAGCGGAGAAAGAUACCACGGAAGAAGCUGCCAUAUUUGACAUGGAGGGCGAGGACAACCCUGAACAAGCGAGCUUGCCCUCAAGUCCCACUGCGCUCACCAACGGCAAGUCAACUACGUCGCCUACCACCCCAGUCGUGUCGCCUUCUCGACGCAGACGCCCACGUCUACAAGACGCCUACGGCCUUCCUUCGUCUUUAUCAUCGCUGCGACCCUCGUCCCUGCCAAACAUCCAGAACAUGCGCCCACCCAUCACGCGCAGGGUUGAGUCUGAUCGCCCACGUACCCAGGUGAAGGACUCGCCGGGGAGGGCCGAGAGGGCACGUACCAAUGGGGACAAGCCAGAGGACGAACCUCCUCUCUCGCCUGAUUCGCGAGAGGCGCAGAUAUUGAGCCUGGUAGCCGCCAGCGUCCCUAGUCACAGGAGUGCCUGGAAGAAGGAUAGCAAGGCCUGGCAAGUAUUCGUCGAGCGCCAAGGGCGGCGGAGUAAGGAGCUUGGCCCCGUCUCCAUUGAAGAGGAAGAGGAGAGCGACAGCACGGUGCAGCACGAUAGCGCACGGCUAGGCCGGUAUAUGGAUGAGUUCGACGAGUACGAUGACGAGGCGUUCAAUGGUCACACUAUGAACCGUGAAGAUCGCAGCUUGACGGAGCGCAAUACAGUCGCUUCAUCGCUCCCGAUACCCUUCAUGCGUGACGUGCCCAGCGCGUCGCUGCAGCCGAAGACGUCUCUGACAGAUCGUCCGGGGCUGCUCGUCCCAGCGUUGCGCACGUCGUCAUCGGUCGCUGUCCGCAGACAGGUGUACGCGGAGCGUGAUCGCAAUCGUCAGAUCGAUCCUGGCGCAUUUGAGCUGCACGACGUGGCCGACGACGAGGAAGAGAACGAUACGGGGCCACAUAUUCCAGUUGGUUCUCUGGCAGAGAAGCGUGCGUUGCAGAUCCUUGAAGCUGCCGAUGGGGUACCCUCGGAAGGCAUGUGGCGAAGCCUAGCAGCAUGA